GUUGGGUACCCAAGAGACCAGGCGGUUGGAAGUCACUUCCUCCCGGGACGCUGUUGCUUAGCAACCGCCUUCCGCCUCCAUCUUUUGCCCCGCCUCCAGGUUAUUCCAAUACCUGGUUUCCCAGACCGCGAGGCCCCGGCCGGGGGCGACACCUGUGCUAGAGCAUAGCCGCUGGGUUCUCAGCCACCAUCAGAGGUUGAAUGAAUUAUUUCAAUAAUUUAUUAACUGUUGUAUAAAAGCAGAGAAAAAGGACACACCAUGUCGGAUGAAAUCUUCAGCACAACUUUGGCAUACACCAAGAGUCCAAAAGCUACCAAGAGAACUUCCUUCCAGGAUGAGCUGAUCAGAGCCAUUACAGCCCGGUCAGCCAGGCAGAGAAGUUCCGAAUACUCAGAUGACUUUGACAGUGACGAGAUUGUUUCUUUAGGUGAAUUUUCAGAUACCUCGACAGAUGAAAGUUUAGUUAGAAAAAAGAUGAAUGAUUUUCAUAUAUCCGACGAUGAGGAAAAAAAUUCUCCAAGACUGUCUUUUUUGAAAACCAAGAAAGUAAACAGGGAGAUAUCCAAAGAUGAUCUGGACUCUGGCACUCUGGGCAGCGAAGGCUCGUCACCGGAUGCUCAAGAAGAUGUGACUGGAGAUUCCUUUCCCAAAUCUCAAAAUGAUGAUCAAGAAGUCGGCAGAGAGAUCAUUACAGUGAAGCCUACCCCCAGGAUGCACCCCGUCAAAAGAAGCACGUCCUCGGGGGAAACCAGCAGUGGUUUUGAUGCAGAUGGCCACUUUAAGCCUUCACCCCGGCCAAGGAGCAUGUUAAAAAAGAGCAGCCACACUGAGGAGGGAGUCAGACCAGGAGUUGAUAAAGAACAUUCCAUAAGCGAAGACUCUGCUCCCAUACCUUCCCUUCCAAGGCAGAAUGGCACAGAGUUGCAAACUGAGGAAAAAAUAUACUCGGAAAACCUUGAUCUUGAGGACUCGCUCUUACAAAGUCUGACCUCAUCUUCCCUCAAAGAAAGCCCCGGAGGUUGCACAUCACCGGGAUCUCAGGCAAAGGUGCCCAUGAAAGAUCAUGACGGAGAACCUACCGAAAUCUGGGAUUCCUUGCUAUCAAAUGAAAAUGAAGGAAGUUCAGUUUUGGUGAACUGUGUUACUCCUGAACUGGAGCAGCCCAAGGACGGUCAGGUGGCAGCUGACGACCUUGAGGAAGAAAGAGAGAAGGGUGGAUUUACAGAAGAUGACCUCACCACUGACCCACUGCUCUCCACAUCCCCGAGUGUCAUAACACCCACUGAGCCAGCAGAGCCGGCCAAGAAAGCAAAUGAAGACAGAAACACGAAGAAUAAAAAGACAACGAAUAACAGAGUGUCCAGUGCCUCUGGCAGGCUGAUGACCUCUGAGUUUUUAAAGAGAUCCGGUCCCACAAAAAGAAGUCCAUCUGCAGCUACCUCCUCACACUAUUUAGGGAGUUUGAAAGUCUUGGACCAGAAGCAACCACGGAAGCAGAGCCUAGAGCCAGACAAGGCUGAUCACAUAAGGGCAGCUGUUUAUCAGGAGUGGUUAGAAAAGAAAAAUGUGUAUUUACAUGAAAUGCACAGAAUAAAAAGAAUUGAAAGCGAAAACUUGAGGAUCCAAAAUGAACAGAAAAAAGCUGCUAAGAGAGAGGAAGCAUUGGCGUCCUUUGAGGCCUGGAAGGCCAUGAAAGAAAAGGAAGCAAAGAGAAUAGCUGCAAAAAAGAGGCUGGAGGAAAAGAACAAGAAGAAAACAGAAGAAGAAAAUGCUGUGAGGAAAGGCGAGGCCCUGCAAGCAUUUGAAAAAUGGAAAGAGAAAAAGCUAGAAUACCUCAAAGAGAAGACCAGGAGGGAGAAAGAAUAUGAAAGAGCAAAGAAACAGAAAGAAGAGGAAGCGGUUGCUGAGAAAAAGAAAGACAGUGUAACUGCUUUUGAAAAAUGGAGUGAGAGAAAGGAAGCUCUCCUCAAGCAAAAGGAGAAGGAGAAAAUAAAUGAGAGAAGAAAGGAAGAGCUGAAGAGAGCGGAGAAGAAAGACAAAGACAAGCAAGCCAUCAGUGAAUACGAAAAGUGGCUGGAAAAGAAAGAAAGGCAAGAAAGAAUUGAACGGAAACAGAAGAAGCGCCACUCCUUCCUUGAGAGCGAGACACACCCACCAUGGAGUCCUCCGAGCAGAACUGCGCCCUCAAAAGUAUUUUGACGUUUCUGGUUCUUGAUAUUUUUUUUUUUCAGUUCAUCAACUGUACUCAUGGAUUUAAAACCAGUCAUCUCAUUAUUUGUGGUUAGAAGACUCUAUGUCACUUCCCUGCAGGAGCUUCUGUGGAGCAUGAAAGAGAUGCUUUGCAGUUGAAUCAGUGGAAACAUUUUCUGAAGUGUCCUCAUCAGUUUGCUGGGACAAUCCAGACGCAUGAAGCUUUAUCAUGUCCUGAACGGUCUGGUGUGGGGUGAUUCGUGGUCACUGUCACUGAGUUCAGAGUCUUUUUAAAGCAUGUUUGAUCCCACUAAUGAAAGAAUGCCGGCUAGAUACCACAAUCGUAGAGAUGACUCAGUCUGUGGAAGUCUGUGCUUCUAGAGUGUAGUUUGGGCAUUGAAGGUCCCUGGAGACUAUGGGCAUGUUAUCUCUUUUAACUCCAGUUCUUCAGGUCAGAGAAGUAUCUUUGCUGUGCAAGUUAUCGACUCAGUCAGUUGAGGCCACAGAACUCUAGUCAGUCACUUUAGUGAAGAACUUUGCCAUAGGGUUUAAUCUUGGUGUGGUUUGCCUACUUGAGGCUUGCCUGACAAUCAUAGCCACCUCUAUAAUGGGCUCACUUCUGGAAUAUUCUUUCUAAAGCCCAUCUCAAUAUCUUUAUUAUUUGAUUGACACCAAAAAAAAGUAUCAGUUUGAUGGUAGUGGUUUCUUGUAGAGUAGUUGUGAAAACUUCAAGGUGACUAUCAAAGUUUUUCUAGACUAAAGUUAUAAAGGUAAUGAAAAUAACUCCCAUUUUCUGAACUAAUUAAGAGGGUUUCAACCUGCAUAUGGAAGUGGUUGAAUGAGAAAGUAAAUUUGUAAAAAUAUUCGAUUGUUUAUUUAUUUUUUAUUUAUUUAUUUAUUUGACCUUUACUUCUCCCUGUAUCAACUGGUCCUAUACUUGACUGGUCAUCUCUUAAAACAGACAAAUUGUUGGGAUGCUGCCGUAGGCAAUCAUGCAAUGCAGAGACAAUCGAUGGAAAACAUAGUUGCUAUGGUUCUCUUAGCUCUUAUGUCGUCUCUGCUGGACCUUUAUAGAUGUGAUUUGUCAACUUUGUUGGAACUGUUCAGGGUGGGUAUUAUUAGCUUUAUUGUGCAGAUAAAAAGACUGAGACUUAGGAAGUCCAAACUAACUUGCCAUACAGCUAACAUGUGAGUCGUGGGGAACAGAACUCCACAUCUCCCUUGAAGCCCAUGUGACCUCAGAGACUGUGACCUUACAAAUGCUUGUCACUCCCAAGGGUGUAAAGUCAGGCAAUGUUGGUGAGGCAUGCCCAUUUUCUUACAUCUGUAAAAUGAAAUGAGGAUUCAUGGGAUUUAAGAUAUUCAUCACAUAUCUAAUAAAUACCAACAAAGCCAGCAGCUUGUGUUAAGACCCACUAAGCAGUAUUGAAUCAUGGGAUGUGCACAAAACAGGAUGUCAUGAACUGCUUCACAGCAUCACGGAGCAGAUGGACUCACAUACAGGACAUCUACAGAUGAGCAUACUGCCAGAAGUGGUCACUGAAAGCGUAUCAGCAGUAUGCUGUCUGUCUGUCUGGGAUUCAAGACUCACAUUUGUGAGGUUUCCUACAACUGCAAACAAUCAAGCCUGCAAGAAUAGAGUGAUAAGGGCAUCGUGAAGUAAAUUGGAAGUGAUAAAAAAAUGUUUGCACAUUGUAAGGAACUCAAAGGAAGAUCAGACAAAGGUCUAGCUGCUUCUAGGGAUCAGAAACCACCAGGUGUGCACUUCCACUCCCGGACAACUUUCUACAGUGUUGUGUUUGUUACCGCUGUUAGCUCCUAACUAAAUCAUGUCGAAUGGCCGAUUUAAGUCAUCUAAAGUAUUUGGGACAUAAGGACUUAGUGAACAUUCAUUGUUAUCAUUUAUGUACUACAUCUCCCCACCACAGACGUGUGGGACAAGCAGAACAGUAGUCAUUUGGCCUACAUUUGUAGCAUACAGAAAAGCUCAGUCUGCUGGUCCAUCUCUGAUGUACCCGGCACCGGCAAGCACUGCCUGGGACAGGACCCUCUGAGAAGACAGCUCAAUACUACUUUCUUGAGAUCGCUUCUGAAGAGAAUGAAGUGACAAAUGAAGAUGAGCCCAAUGGACCCAAAUGUUAUUUCCUCAAAUGUGAUUUAGGAUGGGUCGAUUUAUAGAGCAAGUAAUAGUUUUUUUCCCCUAACUUAACCUGUACUCAACCUGUGCGGGAUUUAUGGUUAAAUCAGAUUUGACCCUUUCUACUGCAGUGAAUGUAGAGCAGAGCUUUGGACAGUGGGUGCGCAUCCAGUUCUGGAAUGUGGCAGUCUGAAUUACAGAGGAAAGAAGCCUGAUGAGAUGGUCCUAAUAUGUUUGCCUAUUUAAGAAAUAAGACUUCUUCUGCAUUUCCUUCAAAAGUACCAAUAUCAAUAUAGAUUUAUAAAUAAUAAUAAUAAACAAAACUCUGAUGUGAAAGUUAGUUCCAUAAUAGCAAAAAGAUACCACACACAUCACAAGGAAUAACAGGGUUCUUUAGAAGAGUUGAAGUUUCCUUAAGGAAAUCUGCCAAGAACAGCUCGGAUAACAGUACUCCAGCAGCCUGCACGCCACGCUUGGAGGUGCCGGCUCACUAGUUGGUUUAGACGGUAAAGACGGCUGCUGGGUUUACUGACAAAGCACUACCUUAUAGGAGCUUGACAGCUACAGCUGGAUGUUCCUUGGAGUGAUGUAGCUCGUACUCAACCUGGACUAGAUAGACUCUAUCUCUAUGUUGAGUCACCUGAUGCCCAACACUUUUGAAUUUGCCAACCUCAAAUGCCUAGAGUUAUCCUUGAGGCUGGCAGUGGGCCCUUUGCCCGUCUUCCCACAGGUGUGGUCCACUCAUGUUCACACCAACUUCGUUCAGCUGUGGUUAUUGUUCCUGGGGCUGCUUGUUACUGUCUCCCAUCCCCCCUUCCUCCCCAGCCUUCCAGGGUCAGCUUCUCACUCUGCUCUGAGAAAAUAGUGGCACUUAAAUCCUAAGGCAUGGCCUAAAAAAGCCCAACAGAGACAGGAAGUUUCUCAGAUCAGGGGAAAGGAAAAAUGCAUACUAGUCAAAAUUAGUCUCAAAAAUAAGAUAGUACAGGAACCAAAAUUACCUAAUUUCACUUGACUCCUAGUUCAAUUGUACUGUACGAAAAGGCAUUUAAAAACCUAUGUGUGUCCAUUCUACACAAAGCAAAUCUGUUAUUGAUUUUCCUGUUAUUGAUUUUCCUCAUUCCUAGUUACACUGACUGAUAGAAUUGUGAAGUGCUCUGUGGGUGCAGAACGGGAGGCUUUUCCAAGCCCUUUGACUUAGACAUGUCAUGUGGUACUGCUCUUUUGGAAUGCUGUGCUACACGUAGUGGUAAUUGUAUAAGGUUAAUCAGAGUAUGUGAAAUUCUUGGUGCUGAAUUUAGGAUGUCUUUGGGAUUGUUGGGGAAAUACAUUUUAUGCCUGCUCCUUAGUACUACAUUUUUGUUUUAUACUUAAUUUAUUCAAGGUAGCCAUUUUUAGUUUAGUUUAUUGAGUGUUAUAAUUUAUUACCUAUAUACCAGGUGUUAAUAAGUAGGAUGUGUGUUUAUUUCCAAGCUAAAGAUAAAAUAUGUCAUGUUGAUAUAUCUUUCACUGGAAAUGAAUGGUGGACAGGAAGGAAUUUUCAACUAAAGGUUUGGAUAUGAAACUGAUUUUACUGUAUGGAUUGCAAAUAUGACAUAAUAACUAAAUUAUUAGUAAUAUUGCUACAUGAUUGUAAAAUGCAGAUGAGUGAGGUCACAUGUUUCCAUCUCUUCGCGAUGACUGCGGUUAAUGCGGUAUUUCCACUCACCUGUCUGUUUUCUAGUGAGUUCUCUAGUGUUGCUGGGAAUAAGGGGGUGAAGGAAGGAGCUCCUAUUCUAGUCUGCUAGUUCUCUGUCUCUCGCCUCUCCCUGUCUUCUAUGUUCCCCACAUGUAUAUACAUAUAUGUACGUGUUUAUAAUAGGUAUCUGAUCAUUGGAAUAAAAUGAACUCAAGCCA